UUGUUCGCUUUUUAUACGGUGCUGUGAGCCUUAUCAACGGAGCUUCUCUCCAUUUCAUUUUCCAGCACAAAUCUCCAUCCAUGGCGGCUCCUUUUGCUACUACACCUCUGUCCAAGGUUGGUUUGCUCUCUUGUUCCAAUAGCGCCUCACAAACCAGAGCUUAUGGUCCCCGUACUUCGGUUAACCUCCAUAGGGUUCAAUUGCCGUCGAAUCUUUCGUCGGCCUCGAGUUUUCUCUGCGGCUCGUUGCAUUUUCCUUCUCUGAGAACAUCUUGGAACCCGUUGUCUUCGAGGACUGCUGUCCGUAGCUCGGUCCGAGCUAGUGCUGAGGUCGUACCUCAAGCAAAAGUAACAAACAAGGUAUAUUUCGAUGUGAGCAUUGGUAAUCCAGUAGGGAAGCUUGCUGGGAGGAUUGUGAUUGGAUUAUUCGGGGACGAUGUGCCCAAAACGGCAGAGAACUUCCGUGCUCUUUGCACAGGAGAAAAGGGCUUUGGAUACAAAGGUUCUGCAUUUCAUCGAGUAAUCAAGGAUUUCAUGAUACAAGGAGGUGACUUUGACAAGGGAAAUGGAACUGGGGGUAAGAGCAUAUACGGUCGUACAUUUAAAGAUGAAAACUUCAAAUUGAGUCAUACUGGUCCAGGAGUUGUCAGCAUGGCGAAUGCAGGUCCAAAUACUAACGGAAGUCAGUUUUUCAUAUGCACUGUCAAGACGCCAUGGCUGGAUCAGAGGCAUGUGGUUUUUGGGCAAGUCCUGGAAGGGUUCGACAUUGUUAAGCAGAUUGAGGCACAAGAAACAGACCGUGGAGACCGUCCAUUGAAGAAGGUCGUCAUCAGUGACUGUGGGGAGCUUCCAGUGGCCUAAUUUCACCACAUCCAGUAAUCCUAUCUUGUUCUUCCUUAGGAUUAGCUACUCUUAAUUCAAAUUGCCUUCCGUUGAGUGUGCCUGUAAAAUGUAUUGUUGAAGAAAUUGAGGUGUGGAAGCGGGAUUUUAUUUGAAAUUAGAUGCUUUUUGUGACAGGAAUUAUGCAAGGAAAUUGUCCAAGAGGCUGCCUUUUUUUGGGAGAGAAAUAAAGAGGUUGCCUUAAAAACUAUGUCGUUUAAGGAUCUGUGUUUUUCUUUUAAUUUCGAGUAGAUUUUAUUUGGUUUUG